UCAGGAGGUGAGAAUGGGAAAAAUGGAUGGAAACGCAAACGCAAUGGACGACCAACAAAACCCACAAGACCCAAGGCCCUCUCUCUUCCCUGUCUUUCCUGCCGCCGGCGCUGCCGCUGCCGCUGCCACUGCCUCUGCUACUGCCACUGCUACUGCUACUACAGCUGCUACUACUAGUGCCCCCCAAUGGCUUUGCAACCCUAGCUUCACGAGCGGCCUUUCCCUCAUUAACGACGCCGCUUCCUCCCUUCCCCGCGCUCUGAACGUAGAGGAAGAAGAUGAAGAUGAAGAUGAAAAUGAAGAAGGAAAGCAACAACAGCAGCAGAAGAAUUACCAUUCUUAUGAGCUACUUGAGGAAGAAGAAGAGGAUGAGGAAGAUUCUGAUUCUGAUGGAGAAAAGUACGACGAGAGACAAAAGAAUAAGAAAAAGAGUAAGAAGAGGAAUAAGAAGAGAAGGAUAUUGAAAGAACUCGGUGAUUCCAAAUCCAUUCAUGCUAAAGAUUAUUACUUUGAUUCUCAUCCAGAUCAUGAUAACUUGGCCUACGGCUCUCUCUACCGGAUGGAUGUUCCACGCUAUAAACUUUAUAGUCCUCAACAAUUAUCUGCAUUUUUAUCCCAAGGGUUGUACCGUUGGACUCAGAGGGCUUCAACAUUUGAUAAGGAUGCUGAUAUUGAUGCCCUGGAUACUAAACUAAAGUCUGCUGGUCGAUACUGGUCUCCCAACAAUGCUGCCCUCGAACGCCAUAACAACUUAAAGCGUCUUCGCCUUUUUGCCCCCAAAAAUUCUUCACAUUUUGCUCCUGCUGAUUUCAUUCCUUUAUCAGAUAGUCAAUCAUCAGAUCAACUUGAUGAUGAAAUUUCAAUCUCAAACAAUUCAAUCAUUGAAGAAUCCUGGGAGGAUGAAGUGCUACGCAAAACACGGGAAUUCAACAAAUUGACUAGGGAGCAUCCCCAUGAUGAAAAAGCAUGGCUAGCCUUUGCAGAGUUCCAGGACAAGGUUGCCAGUAUGCAACGACAGAAAGGUGUUCGCCUGCAGACUCUCGAAAAGAAGAUUAGCAUACUUGAGAAGGCAACUGAGCUUAAUCCAGAUAAUGAACAGCUUUUGCUCUGUCUUAUGAAGGCCUAUCAAAAAAGGGAUAAUACUGAUGUGUUAGUUGGGAGAUGGGAAAGCAUACUUAGUCAGCAUUCAGGCAGUUAUAUGUUGUGGAAAGAAUUCUUGCAUGUUGUUCAAGGGGAGUUCUCCAGAUUUAAGGUUUCAGAUAUGAGAAAAAUGUAUGCACAUGCAAUCCAAGCUCUAUCUGCUACCUGCAGCAAGCAGUUUAGGCAGAUUCAUCAAACUAGUAAAUGUCCUGACUCUGCUAUGGUCCAUCUGGAGCUUGGUCUGGUCGAUAUAUUUCUUUCCCUCUGUAGAUUUGAGUGGCAGACUGGUCACCAGGAGUUGGCCACUGCUUUAUUUCAAGCUGAAAUUGAAUUUAGUUUGUUUUGCCCUUCUCUAUUCUUAAAUGAGCAUAGUAAGCAGAGACUAUUUAAGCACUUCUGGGAGAGUGAUGCUGCUCGAGUUGGGGAAGAAGGGGCCCUUGGUUGGUCCAUGUGGUUGGAAAAAGAAGAAGAAAAUAGGCAGAGAGUUAUGAAAGAAGAGGGUUUAGAUAAGAAUGAUGAGGGUGGUUGGACUGGCUGGUCAGAACCAUUGUCCAAAAGGAAGAAAACUAGCACAAAUAUUGCAAAUAUUGCUAACAAUGAUGUGACGGCUGAGGAGUUUGAUGAGGAAAUUGAGAACGAAGAUAUUAAGCAAGAAGAUGAUACUGAAGCUUUGCUGAAACAGUUGGGCAUUGAUGUUGAUGCUGGGGCCAGUGCUGAGGUUAAAGACACUUUGACAUGGGCUAGAUGGUCAGAAGAAGAGUCAUCAAGAGACUCUGAUCAAUGGAUGCCUGUUCGUGCAAAACCUGGUGCAGUUACUACUAUUCAUGGGACACCCGAUGGAGAAGUGGAUGGACAAUUUAUGAGAGAGAUAUUGUAUGAAGACAUAAGUGAAUACUUGUUCUCUCUGAGCUCAGCAGAGGCUCGCUUAUCUCUAGUAUUCCAGUUCAUUGAUUUUUAUGGUGGGAAAAUCUCCUCUUGGGUUUGUACCAACAGUUCCAGUUGGACUGAGAAAAUUCUUGGCCUGGAGGAGCUACCAGAUUGUAUUGGGGAAAAUAUGAGAAGACUGCAUGAUGAUUUGACCAAAUUACAGAAUAAAUCUGGUCAAUUUAGUUUGGAAUUCCUUUGGGACAGUGCGAGAGGCAUCCUUCAGAGGACUGAAAUGAUGAAAUUUCUUCGCAAUGCUGCAUUACUUUGCUUAACUGCCUUUCCCCGUAAUCAUAUAUUGGAAGAAGCUACUCUUUUGGCCGAAGAACUCUUCGUAACAAAAAUGAACUCAUCUAGCUGUUCAGUUACCCCAUGUCAGGCUUUGGCAAAGCACCUUCUAAAAUGUGAUCGGCAGGAUCUCUUGCUCUGUGGAAUCUAUGCACGUAGAGAGGCUGUGUAUGGGAAUAUGGAUCAGGCCAGGAGAGUAUUUGACAUGGCAUUGUUGUCACUUCCUGGGCUUCCAUUGGAUCUACAGGCUAAUUCUCCUCUUCUAUAUUUAUGGUAUGCUGAGGCUGAACUAGGACACAAUAAUGGUUAUAAUUUUGAAUCAUCUUCACGUGCAAUGCAUAUUCUCUCGUGCCUAGGAAGUGGUAUGACUUACGGUCCAUUUAAAUGUCAUCCAUCGAGCUUGCAACUUUUGAGAGCACGCCAAGGGUAUAAAGAAAAAAUAAGCGCAUUAAGAUCAAAAUGGAUGCGAGGUCUUGUUGAUGAUCAGUCAGUUGCCCUAGUUUGUGCAGCAGCUUUGUUUGAAGAGUUGACUGCUGGAUGGGCUGCGGGUAUUGAAAUUAUAGAUGAUGUUUUUACAAUGGUGCUUCCAGAAAGAAGAAGCCAAAGUUACUGUCUGGAAUGCCUAUUCAACUAUUACAUUAGGAUGCUUCAGAGACAUCAUGGGCAAUUUACUUUGUCCAAAGCUUGGGAGUCUGUCACACAUGGGCUGCAAAUAUAUCCUUCCAGCCCAGAACUCUUUAAUGCUUUAGUGGAGAUCAGCUGUCUUUACACAACUCCUAAUAAAUUGCGGCAGAUGUUUGAUGACUACUGUCACAAGAAACCAUCAGUUAUUGUUUGGCUUUUUGCAUUAAUAUUUGAGAUGAGUCGGAGGGGCUCUAUGCAUAGGAUCCAUGGAUUGUUUGAGAGGGCACUAGCCAAUGAUCAAUUGCAUAAUUCAGUUAUACUCUGGCGUUGGUACAUUUCAUAUGAGAUUAACAUAGUGCGCAAUCCAUCUGCAGCAAGACGAACUUUCUUUCGUGCUAUUCAUGCCUGCCCAUGGUCGAAAAAGCUAUGGCUUGAUGGUUUCCUCAAAUUAAACUCCAUCUUAACGGCAAAAGAGCUGUCAGACCUUCAAGAAGUCAUGAGGGAAAAGGAAUUGAAUAUGAGGACUGAUAUUUACGAGAUUCUUCUGCAAGAUGAGCUUGUAUAAUGAUUGGUGGUCGCAUGACCUCAAUGUAAUAUGUAACUCAAGAAAUAUGUUGUACGGAAUUAUAUGAAAAAUGUAACGAUAAUGCAAAUGUUAUUUCGAAUGUAGGGUGUAAGGCAAAUUUAGUAAGGAUUGCAAUCAGUCUUGGCUCGAGAAGUUGCAAAUUGUAUUGUUCCAAA